AAUGGGCGGUGGAACUGGCACAGGCGGUGCUCCUAUUAUUGCUGGUGUUGCAAAGUCAAUGGGUAUACUGACUGUUGGGAUUGUGACCACCCCUUUUUCAUUUGAAGGACGAAAGAGAGCCAUUCAAGCACAAGAAGGAAUUGCUGCUUUAAGAGAUAGUGUCGAUACUCUAAUAGUUAUUCCAAACGACAAGCUAUUAACUGCAGUUUCUCAAACUACCCCUGUAACUGAGGCAUUCAAUCUUGCUGAUGACAUUCUUCGACAAGGCGUUCGUGGCAUAUCUGAUAUUAUUACAGUACCAGGGUUGGUAAAUGUAGAUUUUGCUGAUGUUCGAGCUAUAAUGGCUAAUGCUGGUUCUUCACUCAUGGGGAUAGGAACUGCAACUGGGAAAACAAGGGCAAGAGAUGCUGCAUUAAAUGCUAUCCAGUCACCUUUACUAGAUAUUGGUAUUGAAAGGGCUACUGGGAUUGUUUGGAACAUAACUGGUGGGACUGAUCUUACCUUAUUUGAGGUAAAUGCUGCUGCAGAGGUUAUCUACGACCUCGUGGAUCCUAGUGCUAAUUUAAUUUUUGGAGCAGUAAUAGAUCCAUUACUAGCUGGUCAAGUAAGCAUAACAUUAAUUGCAACCGGAUUCAAGCGUCAAGAUGAAGACGGAGCGAGACCCCUACAAGCUAGUCAGCUCAGUCAGGGAGAUACAGCCAUCGGUUUCAAUCGGCGACCUUCCUCUUUCUCCGACAAUGGUAGUUUCUUUGACAUCCCUGAGAUCUUACAAAAGAAAGGACGCUCACGCAAUCCAAGGGUUUAAUAUGUUUCUUCCCAAUGCCACACAUUUCUUCACAGAUGCAUCGGUUUUUACUUGGGUCAUAAAUAAGUUUUACUCCUGUUUAUGUGUUGCAUCCCUGUUUUUCUCCUUUUUAGAUUUUAUAACUUGAGUUGUUCAUACAGUUUCGGUUUGUUUAUCCAGACUUGUGGUGAUUACUUGAAUAAUUGCAGCUUCUAUGAUUUCUUUGUUGGAAUAUUUGAAUGUGUUAAAUAAGCUGUAUUCUUGUAUAGAAAAUAUUUCUUGCAUUAAGUGGUUGUAUCAACCAAUGUAAUAAAAGAUUAAAAGGAGCAUGUUUAUUUAUGGUCAAGGAAAGAUCAUAGGUUGUUAAA